AUGGAGUGCCAUAUCUGUCAUCGGGGUCAUGAUGCCCAAAAGCUACCAUUUCUCUGCGCAGUCGAUGCUCGCAACAGCUUGUAUGAGCUUCGCGUAAAUGGUCUGCAAGCCCUUUUGGAGAACGAAAGUCUCCAAGGGCAGGUCAAUGAAUUCUAUGCCAACUCGAGCAAGAACAGCCACAGCGACAUCGAGCAGUCUACGGCAAUGCAGCGCCUAGAGGAAGAUCGGACAGAUCACAUCCUCGCUUCAGCCAACAAAUUAAAGGAAGAGAUACAGGCAGCCAGAGAAGAAAUUCGAACGCGAAAGGCCGCGUUGGCUCGCAGAAGGUCCGACUUGGCAUCCGUUUCAAACGGCUUGGCCGAACGUCGAGUAAUGCAGCAACAAGAGUUGGAUAAAUCGACCCAAGUGGCCAGGUUUCGAUGGGCUCAGAGAGCUGAAGCCACUGCCAACACUCGGGCGUUUCUUUGUACUCAAGCCAUCAGACUAUACGGACUCAAGAGAACGAAGAAGUCGGGGUCUGGUCGAUACGAAUACCAGCUUGGCAGAGUGCCUAUUAUUGAUUUGACUUCUAUGGAUAGUGUGUCUGUGGGUGAUUCGAGCAACUUCGACGACAUUUGCAACAUGGGACGUAAUCUAUACAGCUUCCUUAUGAGUGCCCAGGCGCAUGAUUUUAAUCCUAUUAAUGUAAAGGUCCCGGGCUGGGGGCCAAAUGGUGAGGAAGUAGAAGACGAAAGCCAGGGAAAUUGGCUUGGUCGAUUCUCCCAUGGUGGGACAUUUUACUUUCUGGGUAAUUAUGAGGGUACCGAUUUGGUUCGAAGUUUCAAGCUGCCAAGUCCGAUGAAGCUGGCGGAUAAACUGAAGAAGAAGCUUAUUGGGGACGCGCCAGCUCCAGACUGGGAAGUUCUAGAUGAUGAUGCCUGGAAAAUCGAAGACUUGCCUGGGACUGACCCCAGUGCUGCAAAUGCUCGAAAUGUUGCGGAUAAGUCUCCCGAUGUAAAGUCGACACCUCGCUCUGGGACGAAUGGCUGGACCAAGGUUAAGCAUAGGUGA